AUGUCUUUGCAAGCUAUUAAGUUUUCAGCUACUCCAGAAGUUUCUUUGUCCAUCUUGAACCAACUCCAGGUUCCAUAUCAGUCGAAGUAUAUAGCCAUAGACUCUAUUGCGCCAUUACCAGGCGUUACUAAAUUCUCCGGCUAUGAAGCAAUCAAAGGUAUGUACACCAGAGGAGCUCCUGCCAUCAUGCUUGUUGGCUGCUUUUCCAUUGUCGUCGAAUUGAACAGGGUUUUACACAGUGAUAUUGGUUCUGCGCAGCAAUACAAGUACAACCUUAAUGAUGCUGAGAGCUUCAAAAGACGUUUGUUAGAAAGAAUUGAUGAGUUGAUAAAAUCACGUCCAACUGCAGUGAACUUGGCAAAUGGUUGCGAAGAGAUCAAGAAGAUUGUUGUUUCUGAAAAGAAUUCAGAUCUCGAACUUUUGUACAACCGAAUACUCCAGUUUUCAGAGAAUUUGUACAAAGAAGAUUACCAGUCCAACAUCAAUAUUGGCAAAAACGGUUUACAAUACAUCAAGGAUGUUCUCAAGAAAGAAAAUUUCAAGGGUCCUUUUUCGGUGAUGACAAUUUGUAACACCGGAUCUUUAGCAACAUCAGGUUAUGGUACUGCAUUGGGGAUUAUUCGUCACUUACACCAGUACUUGUCGAAAGAUAAAUCUACCGAUCAAUUCUACUUUGAACAUGCCUAUCCAUGCGAAACCAGACCUUACAACCAAGGGUCAAGGCUUACAGCAUAUGAACUUCAGUACGAAAAAAUUCCGUUCACCUUGAUAACAGACAACAUGCCUUCAUUUUUGAUCGAUAAUUUGAACAGAAAAGAGCAGCACACAAAUCAAGGUGCAUUGGCUUCAUUAGCUUCAAACGCUCCAAUUAGAUUCAUCAUUGUUGGCUCUGACAGGAUUGUUAAAAAUGGUGACUUGGCUAAUAAGAUCGGAACAUUCCAAUUGUCUUUACUUUCAAAAUUAUACGACGAGAUCAAAUUCAUUGGAGCUGCCCCAACAACAACCAUUGACUAUAAUACUAAGUCAGGUGAAGACAUCAAGAUUGAAGAGCGGCCAAAGGAUGAGCUCACUAUGGUCUUGGGCGCUAAAAUGAAUGGUAACAGCUUUGCAGAGGAUAAAGAAUCUAAAGACGUUGUGUUGGAAAGAGUUAGGAUGGCGCCUUUAGACAUUGGUGUUUGGAAUCCUUCCUUCGAUGUCACUCCUCAUCAGAACAUCGACUGUAUUGUCACUGAAAAGGAGUACUUGGUCAAAGACAGCUCUGGCGUAUUCCACCUUUAA